AAUUCUGGGAUAAUAAUAUUUUUUUUAUUAUACUGUUUGGAAAGUAGAAAAUAGAAGGGACUUCCGGUUUCUUUUUUGUCGGAUAUUCGGUUCAAGAAUAUUCAGUACAAGAAUUAAAAUAGUAAUUUUUUAAUGUUUACAUUGUAUACAGUUAUACGUUCACAUUUCUCACACGUUAAGUAAAAAAAUAAGGACAAUAGGAACAAGGAUAAACAAAAAACACAUAUAUCAUCCAAAAAUUAUUUCAUAUAAUAAAACGAUUUAAGCAGCAGACACUUUCAAGAGCAUUUUUGGACAAUUUUCGGACAAGUUAUAAAUAUUCUUCAAGCGGUUAGAAAGGCAGUUAUGAAAUAUAAAAAACAGCAAUAAUUGCUUAAAUUUCUAUUUAAAUGUUUAAAAUAACUGUGGAAUUCGUCUUUUUUUUGACGUAAAACUAAUAAGACUUGGUUUUGGAAUUAUUUUUUUUAAAUCUACAAACCUGUAAUUGCUCUUGAUGAAUUCUUUAGGCAUUGUAAGGAAGCUUUUAAAGGUAAAUUGAGCAAAUUGGCAAAAAAAAACAGAUACUUUUUUUUUGAGAAAAUAUAUUACAGGAUGGUUUAGUUUUAAUUUCGAGCACAUAGUGUUUUUUAACCGCUGUAGUGCUGUCAAAUAAUCCCAUCCAGCUGCCUUCAUCUCUCUCUCAUAUGGAAAUUGGUACAACUUAUGUGCGCUUUCCUCAUAAGCCCGUCUAUGUUUCCUGCUUAUGCACAAAGCCGGUCAUUUACGAGGCCAUAACAACAAUUCAUAUUUACAUAAGUGCAUAUAAAACCUGCAGCUCGUUUCAUCGCAUUUUGUAAAAUACGGCCCGAAUUGUUCCAGGCGAGAAGCCGUUCAAAUGCGAGUACGAAGGGUGCGACCGACGCUUCGCCAACUCCUCGGACCGGAAAAAGCACUCGCACGUCCACACCUCCGACAAGCCCUACAACUGCCGCGUCUCCGGCUGCGACAAGUCCUACACCCACCCCUCGUCGCUCCGCAAGCACAUGAAGGUGCACGGCUGCUCCGGGCGCUCGCCCCCGCACUACGACAGCGACGGCGAGGAGUCCAACUCCUCCUCGGCGGGCAGCAUCUCGGUGGCGGCCAGCCCGCAGGUCUCCGGCCCGCAGGUGCCCCCCAACACGCUGAGCGAGUGGUACGUGGCGUGCCAGCCGCCGCCCCCGGUCACGCCCGACCCGCUGGGCGGCCUGGGGCACUUCGGGAAUCUGCACCACAGUGGCGCCGCCACCGCCUAUUAGUGAUCGUUGAGUUGUGUCUUGUACAUAGAGGCGGCCGGGACAAUUGACAAAGAACUACACGUUUGGAUAUUUAAGGCCCGGUUUUGCAUUUUGACUGUGAAUAUUUUAUUUAAUUAUUUAAUGUUUUAAAUGGUUCCCGUGCAAUUACUACUGGUAUACAGUUGCUGAGUUUUCUUCGUAUCAUGAGUUCCGAACUAUUGGAUAAGUUUUUAUGAUAAUGCGUAUUUGUAUAUUUGUAUAAAACUUUAUUAUUGAUAUUUAAUUGUAGGACCACAAUUGUAUAAAGAGAAAUUAUUGUACAUAUAUCUUAUCAGGGAUCUCUGUAUAUCUAAAGUUUAUUAUAACUUGAAUUUAUUGAAAAUAAAUCUGACUGAUGAUGUA